GGUAUAUUUAAGUAAAAUUCUGAAAAUAAAUGAUUAUUGGAGUAAAGUAGAAGUAAAGCCGGUGAAAGGAGAAGAGAAGGUGCAGGUGAGGGCGCAUCGGUGACAGCAUGGAAAACGACGACGUUGAUAUGCUCGGUGAUGACAACAACGAAGCUGAAUUGGAUGAUAUGAAGAAGCGCUUGAAGGAAAUGGAAGACGAAGCCGCUGCUUUGCGGGAAAUGCAGGCCAAGGUCGAGAAGGAGAUGGGAUCUGUGCAAGAUACUGCUACCGCUGCUGCAACUCAGAACAAUAAAGAGGAAGUAGAUGCUCGAUCAGUUUUUGUAGGCAAUGUGGACUAUGCAUGUACUCCCGAAGAAGUGCAGCAGCAUUUCCAAUCAUGUGGUACUGUAAACCGAGUCACCAUUCGGACUGAUAAGUUUGGCCAACCAAAGGGUUAUGCCUACGUAGAGUUUCUUGAAGUAGAGGCUGUUCAAGAGGCUCUUUCGCUGAAUGAAUCUGAGCUACAUGGGCGUCAAUUGAAGGUAACUGCUAAGAGGACCAACAUACCAGGGAUGAAGCAAUAUCGUCCUCGCCGGCCAAAUCCUUACAUGGGAUUUCGAGGCAGACCCCCCUAUGCACCUCCUUUUGCCUAUGCUCCUUUUGGAUAUGGAAAGGUUCCAAGUUUCAGAAUGGCAAUGCGCUAUAGCCCCUAUUAUUGAAUAUGUCCAAUUGUGCUGAAACGGAUCUAUUGAUUAUUGGAUGGAAGGGCAUGACACCCUACUCCCUGAUUUAGUGUCAUGACUAAUGAUUUGGCCGUUCGUUCAGUAUGAGGGAUUUGUCUGGCCACCGAUUUAGCAGCAAUCCUUGUAAACCUAUGUGUUUUCUUCUGCUUUGUUCUGGUAUUUGAUAUAUAUAUUAAGAUGUUCUUUGUAAAAGUAUCCUUGUUAGAAAUGGUUAAUAUACGGGCUUUUUAGUUGCCUUUCUUUUUC